AUGCUCACGAACCCUUCUCGUCAAGUCCUCCUACGGACCCAGCAACUUCUUCGAUCCUCCAAGCCCACCCCCCGAGUACUCUCUUCUCGUCAUCCCACAUCAGCUCUUCAACGUGCCUUCUCCAGCCAUCCAAUCGCUCGAUCUCAGGAUGGAGAACCUCAGCCCACUUCCUUAUAUACAUUCACCGAGGAUGAGUCGAUGCUCAAAGAUCUGGCCCAAAGGUUUGCUGAAGAAGUUGUCGCCCCAAAGGUGAGAGAGAUGGAUGAAAAGGAAACAAUGGAUCCGGAGAUCAUCAAGGGCCUAUUUGAUAACGGGUUUAUGGGAAUCGAAACAUCUCAAGAACAUGGUGGCUCGGGCGCUUCGUUUACUUCAGCGAUACUAGUGAUCGAAGAACUCGCCAAAGUAGACCCAUCAGUCUCAUUGAUCUGUGACGUACACAACACGAUUGCCAAUACGACCAUCCGAAACUACGCCUCCAAGGCGCUCUUGGACAAAUAUAUGCCCGACCUCUCGACCUCCAAAGUCGCUUGUUUCUGUCUUAGCGAACCUGGGAGCGGUUCAGAUGCGUUCGCAUUGGCUACUCGGGCGACCAAAGACUCCAAUGGUGAUUAUAUCAUCAAUGGGAGUAAGAUGUGGAUCACUAACAGUAAGGAAGCCGAGAUCUUCGUUGUAUUUGCAAAUCUCGAUCCAAGUAAAGGCUACAAGGGGAUCAGUUGUUUCUUGUUGGAGAAAAGCAUGGGUGUCGAGAUUGCUAAGAAGGAAGAAAAAUUAGGCAUCAAAGCCUCCUCGACCUGUACUUUGAAUUUCGAUAAUGUUAAGGUCCCAAAGGAGAAUCUGAUUGGUCAAGAGGGUCUGGGAUACAAAUAUGCCAUCGAAAUCUUGAAUGAGGGCAGAAUCGGAAUCGCUGCUCAGAUGGUCGGCUUGGCUCAAGGUGCAUUUGACAAGGCCGUCAAAUACACCUAUCAACGCAAGCAAUUUGGAAAACCGGUUGGAGAGUUCCAAGGAAUGCAAUUUCAGUUUGCCGAUGUUCAUACGGAGAUAGAAGCCGCAAGGAUGUUGACUUACAACGCGGCCCGAUUGAAGGAGGAAGGCAAGCCAUUCACAGAGAUGGCAGCCAUGGCCAAAUUGUUUUCGUCUCAAGUUGCCCAAAACGCUAGUGGAAGUGCUAUCGAGUGGUGUGGAGGAGUCGGUUUUACUCGAGAAACUGGAAUCGAAAAAUAUUGGCGAGACUCCAAGAUUACUUUGGCCAAGUUCAUUCAGAAACGACUUAGUUAA